CUGAACUGUUUUUGAUUAAAAAUUUUGAAACAUUAGUUUUAUUCUGCAUAAAAGGUAUCCGGAUACUAUUUAAGCAGGAGGUACAUUAUAUGCAUGACACCGGAAGUGCAGUGAAUUGUAUUAUGGGAAGCAGACACGUGUUCAAGUCAACUAAAAGAUGCAGGUUUACAUCAACAUUCUAAGCAUUAUGAUUGUGAUGGUGAUCAUCGUGAGGGCCCGGUCACUCAUCAGGUUGUACGUUUACAGGUGUUUUGGAAAUAUAAUUUGGUGGCCUUUUACACCUAAGCCAUACACAUGUACAGAACUUGCCGGACAUGAAGGCAUUCCGGCUAUCAACGUGACAACAACACCAUCUGACAUACGCAUGGUGGAGACUGAUCAUAAGGAGCGCAAAACAGUCUACUUGUCACCAUUGAUGGAGGUAGCAGAACAGAUGCAGAAAGGUUCCAGAGCACAGGCAAUGUUUGACUAUCUUAAGAAAUAUGGGGACCUUGGUAGACCUAUUCACCCUCCAUGGGAGCCUCGAAGAAUUCCUGCUGCUUCUGAAGAUUCACAAAGCCCUCUACCAGAACUGGAGGAGGUUGUUGUACACAGCGGUGACAACAGAGAUGGGCGAUGUCGAACAGCAGAAGAUGCACAGAGCUCUGUACAAGAACUCCAGGAGGUUGUCGUAGACAGCAGCUGUUACAACAGAGAUGAGCGAUGUCCAACAGCAGACCGUGAAAGGGUUGAUGGUUAUAGGCGCUCUGAUGGUGCUGGCAAGGACAACAUGGAAAAUGCUUGGACUACACCAGGACCACCCUUACCACGUAUGGAGCCUUCGGGUAUACCACCAGCUGCAUCAAGGACCAACCCAAAUUAGGCUUGCAAGUACAUAACAGAAUUGGCCACAAAGAUUUUGAAAUAAAUGUACAUAACAGAAUUAGUGUUGAAGAAAAUUUCACCAAAACAUGUUUUUUUUUUGCUAUUUGAAAUAUUUUGUCAUUACUCUGUGUUUGUAUUAUUUUGUUUUGUAACCAUAGCUUUAACUUGCCCCAGAACUAUUGUUCUAGUCUUCAUUCUAUGUGUAAGUGUAUAAUUGAUUCUGUAUAUCUCUUAUAGAAGGUGUACAUGUAUAGGUGUCAAGUUAACUCAUUUUACAGCAACAUAUUUGGCUGUAAUUAUGCUAGAAUUGUAAUUCAAGUCUUUGCAAUGUUGACUUUUAAUUACAGUAUAACUGAAUUUAUAUUCAUAUUUAAUGCUAUUACUCGUAUAUAUUAUUGCCGUAGAUUGUAGAGAAGGCCUCAAGGGAGAAUAGUUUUGUAACUAGUUGAGCUACCUUCUAUAUAUAAAGCAUUAUUAUUAUUAUUAUUAUUGUUAAAAAAAACUCUCACUUUGUAAACAUGUUUAGUAUAUAAAGUUUGGCAGUAUGGAUUGACAAUAUGUUUGUGCUGUCAGGGGCGAAGCUACCUCUUGUUCUGAGUGGAUUUAUUUAAGAGUGCAUACUUGCCAACUCUCCCUAUUUUCGAGGGAGAUUCCUGAUAUUGGACCCUAAAAUUGAGCAUUUUUAACAAGUAAAUUUGCUUAACUGUUCCUAUUUUCUAAAAUCUGACAAUUUCAUCUGAAAGAACAGCUCCAAAGAUGCUCUUUCAAGGUGUUACUUUUUCCUUAGGGUGUACAUAUUCACAUAUUAUUUAUGCUUUUUAUUCUGAGCACACAUAAUCUCCCCCAUAGAAGUUUUAAAAAGUUAGUAACAGAGCGGGUCUAGGGCAGGGCCUUGAAAGUGGGCCAAGCUGGUAUUAUAAACUGUUUUUUGUUUUGUUUUUGUUUUGUUUCAAAAUUUGUUGGAUUUACCUGCAUACAGCUAGCGUAUUUAACCUUUUUAACUACAUAACUUUACCAAACUCUACCAUGCAUUGAUCUGGAUGAGUCCAUUAUGGCCUACAGUGGGGAAAGGGUUAAGGCAGCUACUCCCUUGAAUGUACAAUUUGGUCACACAGGUUUCACCUUACAACUGUACACAUCUCUAACUACUGUGUAUUUAUAUACAACUGAAAAUUCAAAUAGUGUGAAACCUGAACUCAGAGACCACUUUAAGGAGGUACACUAAGUGGUUCCUUAUAACAGGUGCCUGUUGUCUCAUUAUCUAUUGAUUCAAUUAACAUGAAAAUUACUGUAAUGGAGAAUUCUAAAAGUGGUCUCUUAAUACAGGUGGUCUCUUAAUACAGGUGGUCACUUAAUACAGGUGGAGUUAGCAUGAAAUUGACUGUCAUAUGGAGUUUUAAGGUAUUUUGACAUCUGCUGUCUCAAUACAGUUUGUCUAUUUCUUAACAGGCUUGUAAAUAAACAACAAAUUUCAAAUAUAUUGAUGCCUUACUGGUUAUUAUUUUACAUUUGUAUAUUUUAUACAUUGUACAUGUAUUAUUAUCAUUAUUUUGCAGUUACAUGUAUGACUGGUUGUUGGACUGCACAUAAAAUAAUCAUUUAUACACCUGAAAUGUCCUUUAACAUCAUAAACAGGAAGUCGGACAUUUUGAAACCAUGCACUUAUUAAUUCCUCCAUUUACAUGUAUAAAAGGGCAAUAAAUAAUCUGUUAAUGAAAUUGUGAAUAAAAUUAGCUUGUAAAAAUAUUAUUACUAUUUUUUUGAAUAUUUUAAGGAUCAAAAUUGAUAAAGUUGAUAUCUGCCAGAGACCAUUUCUAUUUAUGGCACUUUUGAGGAUUGUUAUUUUGUCUGCAUACAGAUUCUGUGCUCUGGAUCAAUUCCUAAUUCAAGCUGAGUGUCCUAGAUUUCUAUGAUUAAUGUUCACUUUUUGUUCCCCAUUUAUUAUGCCAGAAGAGACUAUAGGUUUGCUCUUUGUCUGUCCAUGUAUUGUUUUGUCUGGAUGAUAUAUUGUAUAUUCUGUCAUCUACGAUAGCCACUACCAACAGAACACAAUUCCUCUCCAACAUCCGCAGGCAUACACAUAGGGAGAUAUUAGCCAGGUGGAAAAGGACUAGCAGUUUAGUGCCUGAUAAGGCAGCUCCUGCAAAUUCCUUGAACAUUGUAAUGAUUAAUGUAUUAUUCAAUGUAUAUGUUAAUUAUAUUGAUUGUAUGAAAUUAUAUAUCUAUGCACUGUAUAGCACUUUAGAGUGGCUAAUUCUAGCUAGAGAGGGCUCUAUAUCCGUUUGGGUUGUCUUAGUGUCAUGAACUGUUAUCAGGUAUUAUGCCCCACUAUUUAUAAAUAUUUGUUUAUCAUUACAAUGUUUAGGCAUAUUUCAUAUAUUCUGUCAUCAACAAUGCCAAAUUCUGUAUGCGAGUAUCUCUCGGAUUUAUUGGUCAUUGUAUAUGAAAAUAAGGUUUCUUCCACCACAAAUUACAGAGCUACAACCCUUUGCACACAGUAUGGCACAUUUCUGGGGCAUGUCGCAUACUCUGCUAACAGAAAUUGCCAUAUUUUGUAUGCCGGUACCAGCACGAGAGCUUUUGCCUUCCCAAGAUUUAUAAAUAUGAUAAGUUUGGUCAACGUAGGUGAAAUAACAUGGAACUUAUGCUCCGGACAAACUUCGGUAUU